GUACAGCGGGAGGUACCGCGGGCUUGACAGCAGGUUCCUUUUAACAAACAAAACGCCAUAAACAAAACAUUGACUAUUUCAUUAUAUCGAUUCCCGAUAGUCUUCUUUGACAAGCUUGAAUCAUCUUAACUUAUACGAAUUAAAUCCCAGUCCCAUACGAUGGCAAUCAAAACGUCGUCAACAUCAGCAUGGGAAGUCGAGCUGAACCUGGCUAUUAAUGUGGCACGCGAGUGCGGGAUCAUCAUUAGAAACGCUCGGGACAAGAGAAUGACGGGUUCGGUGAUGGCCGGCCCUAUAAACACCAAAAUGAAUACAACAGACUUGGUCACAGAAACAGAUGUUGAGGUGGAGCAGCUCGUGAAACGUUCCCUCGCACAAAGAUUUCCCGAGUAUGCCUUCGUGGGCGAAGAAUCGUAUGCAGCAGGCGAAAAAACGGUUCUUACUGAUCAACCCACUUGGAUUGUUGAUCCCAUUGACGGUACAACGAACUUUGUGCAUGGAUUUCCCUUCGUCGCUGUCUCUAUCGGAUUGUUUGUGAACAAGACGCCUGUAGUCGGCGUCGUGUACAAUCCCAUACUCGACCAGCUGUACUACGCGUCCAAAGGAUGUGGUGCGUAUGUCGUGGACAAUGCUCGAAACACAGUCGACAAAACCGAGGAACAUGCAGUGCGUCUUCCACUCGUGCGACAGCCUCUGGGACCAGUCAACACGUCUGUCGUUACUUGUGAGUGGGGAAGCGACCGCUCUGGCAACAAUUUUGAAGCAAAGUGUGCUUGCUUCCGCAAUUUGGCUGCCGACAGAGCAGAUCAUGGAGGGAUGGCACACGCAUUGCGUGCCAUCGGUUCAGCAGCCUUGAAUACAUGUUUGGUUGCUACGGGCCAGCUGGAUGCAUACUGGGAAGGCGGUCCCUGGAUCUGGGAUAUAGCUGCUGCCUCGUGCAUUCUGACCGAGGCCGGCGGAGUCCUGCUCGAUGCCAAUCCUCCAAAGGACACGGACGUUAUUGUGCCCAUUUCAGGCCAUGGCUUUGAAUGCCGUCGAUACUUUGCUAUUCGACCGUCCACGAAUGGCUAUAAGGAUCAAAAACCCUUUGCUCGCGACUUUUAUCAAUACGUGACCGUCCCUUUGCAGUUCUAGCGUUAGAACAAGUGGGAUACGAUGAGACAUGCUUUGCUAAUGAAUGACAAUUAUACACGAUGGACUGAAAGAAGUCCCUUGCUACAUCAACGGUCGCACUGAGACGUUCACGUCUUGCGACUUGUUCAGUUUCUCCUUGCUCGCCAUGUCCACCGAGAUCAAACUGGCUUGGUCAGCCUUGUGAGAAGAAGUGUUGACUUGCUCUCCGGACGGAGGCUGAUCAUGACCGUCUUCCUCAGUAGAUGCAGUAGCCUGCUUUUGUAAUUCUUGUGUGUUGGGCGCAAAGUAACCAUAACAGAUGCCGUAUAGAGCAAUUACAAUCAUGGGCAGAAAGCCGAUGACAAAAACAUAUGCCGAGCGGACAUCCUCGUUGUACAAGUGCAGCUGUGCAUUCCAAGCACCAACAAACUGGAAAAUAAUUCGAGGAAUGAAACACAAGAGGAGGAACAGGAUUGCUGUGUCGCGUUGUCUAGGACAGUUGCCGUAGAAUUUUCGAUAGACGAGGAACUGUCCAAGGAUUGCUAACCAGCAAAGUGUUAAGAAGACACAAGCGACUUUUGCGCGAGAAUCUACCACAACAUCCAGAUUCCCCUCCGUAAUUGCUGCCCAUGGUCGCAAGGCAUCGAGAAAAAAAGUUAUGAGUAGUAAAAUGUAAAACAGAACGGGCACGUAAAACUCGAACCCGUAGAUCCAGUGAUCGCGUGAGUCGAGCUUCUCUAUAGUCUGGUUUUGUGCAAGCAGGUACACGCGGCGACCAUAACCGUACGAUGAGACGAAGUGCCAUAAAGAUGCCAAACAAGCACAAGUGCCCGCCUGAAAGAGGAAACCUAGCAGGGCGACAUAAUUGCCCGGCAGUAUCGCGCGGUCGAUUUCAAUCCAGUCAAGUCCGGCAAACGCUAGCAAGAAGAGCAUGAAGGUUAAAAAAAUCCACUCAGCUCUUCGCCUGCACCGUGCUGUGCAAGGGUUGUGCGGACAUGCCCAACCAUGUUUUAUCAUGUUGGGGAGGAUGAACGCAACAAGGACGAAACAGAUAACGGAAAUGAGAACGCCAGUCCUGCCAUGGGGACCAAUGGGUAAAAUGGGCGAGUCACAAUGCACACCGACAAGUGUGCCAUCGUCGUCGAUGGUGGGGACAUACUCAUCGUUGUACACACAACAGUACGUAUCAUUGCUGAGAGUGUCGUUGGCGUACCAUUGAUAGUCAAAGAACCGAAAAAGGGCUGCUUGCGAAGAAUUCAUUGCAAAGCCCAAGCUGAAGAAAUGCGAAUUGUAGAUGUGACGAAAAGCAAUCAACGAUGGAUCGAAACAGAAUGGAGAGUCGUUGAGUAAGAAAGAACGCGUGUCUGCACUUGUGCAAGAGAGAGGAGGAUGAUCGAGUGCGUUUGGUAAACGGCGCAUGCGGAAGAAGGAGCAUCACUAUGGAAGGGAUAUGCAGUCAUUGUUCCCACAUUUACCGGUCGGCUGAGGAAGCCGUGUUCGAGGUCUUAGAUGAAUGCUUGGUUGUCUUUUUCUUACGAACAACCGGCAAAAAGGAUACGGGUGCCGACGAAGAGGCCGAUUUCCCCCAAGUCAACAAGCCGAUUUUGGGGGAGACAGUCCAAUGCAGCGAGUAGUUGGCUUCCUUGUUCGCAAACGAGUUGCUGUACUCGUGAAACGGGUGAGAAAUGCUGUCUGUGUACACAUUCUUCAAGGAAAGCAUACACUGCUUCUUGCUAGUAAGCACAGUGUCCCACACAACAACAUCGUUGAUCUUCUGUGAGGGCGUUAGUAGGGAGGAGAAAGGGACGGAGGGGCAGAGGGAGAGAGAGAGGAGGCAUAGAGUCAAUUGUGAAGCAGGCAACAGCGUUACCAGACGAUGAAUGAGAA